UCAUAGCGCUCGAGCCACCGCAGCAGCAGCAGCAGAGUCCAAACCAAACCGCCGCGGAGUUCCGACUGAGCCGUUGUCCCGCAGACUGACAAACUGCAGCUUCUUUCUUUUUAUUAUUAUUUUUUCGACAGACGGAAACAGCGGCCAUGGAGGAGCAGGCGCGUUACUUCUUUUGGGCGCAACUUCUCGCAGCUUGCCUGGUGUUUGGGGUGAAAGGUGACCUCUGUGAAGUGAACGUUUGCAACCACGGGGGAACCUGUGUGACCGGCACCGGGACUCCGUUCAUUUGCAUCUGCCCCGACGGCUUUUCAGGUGAAACCUGCAAUGAGACUGAGACAGGGCCUUGUAGCCCCAACCCCUGUCAGAACGACGGCAUCUGCGAGGCGACUGGCCAGAGCCGGCGCGGUGACGUCUUCACCGAGUACGUCUGCAAAUGUCAGCCCGGCUAUGAAGGAGUCCACUGCCAGACCAGUGUCCAGGGAGCAAAUCUAAACUCUGCAAAAGACGUAAACGACUGUGCCGACCAGCCGUGUGAGAACGGCGGCACCUGCCGGGACUUGGACGGAGACUUCAAAUGCCACUGCCCCUCUCCAUAUGUGGGCAAACAUUGCCAACUGCGCUGUAUUUCUCUCCUCGGCAUGGAGGGCGGGGGCAUCGCCGAGUCCCAGAUCACAGCCUCGUCGAUCCGCUACACCAUGCUGGGCCUGCAGCGCUGGGGCACAGAGCUGGCCCGCCUCCACAACAAGGGACUGGUCAACGCGUGGAGCGCUGCUCCUCAUGACAAGAACCCCUGGAUACAGAUCAACAUGCAGAGGACGAUGCGUUUCACGGGCAUCGUGAUGCAGGGUGCCAGUCGUAUCGGCACAGCAGAAUUCAUCAAGGCCUUCAAAGUGGCUUCCAGCCUGGACGGCAGGACGUACACCAUGUACAGGACCGAAGGACAGAGAAGGGACCAGAUUUUUGCGGGGAACGUGGACAACGACAGCACCAAGACCAACCUGUUUGACCCCCCGAUCAUCGCACAGUACAUCCGCAUCAUCCCUGUUGUGUGUCGCAAGGCCUGCACCCUGCGCGUGGAGCUGGUUGGCUGUGAACUCAAUGUGUAUUCAAACACUCCAGGUUGUUCGGAGCCCAUGGGCAUGAAGUCUCGCCUGGUGUUGGACCGCCAGAUCACGGCUUCCAGCACCUUCCGCACCUGGGGCAUGGACGCCUUCACCUGGCUGCCGCAGUACGCCCGGCUGGACAAGCAGGGCAAGACCAACGCCUGGAUUCCCGCCACCAACAGGCGGUCUGAGUGGCUGCAGGUGGACCUGUUGUCUCCCAAGAGAAUAACAGGGAUCGUCACUCAGGGAGCAAAAGACUUCGGCUCUAUCCAGUUUGUUUCAUCGUUCAAAAUAGCCCACAGUAAUGACGGAAGGUCCUGGACUGUGCUGCAGGACGAAACCACGCGCAAAGACAAGAUCUUUACCGGCAACAGCGACAACAACGUUCACAAGAAGAACAUCUUCGAGCCGCCGUUCUACAGCCGCUACGUCCGCGUCCUGCCGUGGGAGUGGCACGAGCGCAUCACCCUUCGGAUGGAGCUGCUGGGCUGUGACGAGUAGCACAGUCUCUGCUCUACGUCCACAUCACAGCCCCCACCCUGCCCCAAUCCUCUGUUCUUUCCUCCGGAGCCAUACCUGCACUGCCUUGCUCUCAGCUCUAGGGGGCAGCAAACAAUAGCGUAGCACCCCACUAAAAGCCUGGCUGGUCAGAGGUGGGAGUCGUUGCCCCCUAACCACUGUGAGCAGAAUCUCGAUUCAGCUAAACUUGCCUAUUCUUUUUUUGUUGUUUUGUUUUUCCUGCUUUGAAUCAAAUCGCUUCAAGAAGCAGAGCGAGGUCCGCUCUUAUCCCCCUAUGUUUUAUGAAAUAAAAGUGUUGACUUCCUCCUCCUUGUGUCAGAAGUCAGGGCGACUCAGUCGGUGCUGCUUGAACUCUGAUCCUGGAUCAGCUCUACCUGGAACAGCGAACCUCAGAGACCCACAGCUGGUGAUGUACAUAACCCAACCUUCAGUCCAGCACUUACUGUCCCUUCAAAUCUGUAUGUAGAUUAUCUCUAGACGACGCGUUGAGGUGUACAUAUAUGGUAGUUUUAGCCUAAAAAAAAGUAUUUUAGCUAGAAACCUGAACGUUUUAUGAACAUGCUUGCUGUGAUUCUGUUAAGUAAAUUAAAUAGUGUUUAUAAGAGUUUUAUAUUGGUGAAAAAUCUAAAGUUUAUGUUCCUCUUCUUCCCUUGUUUUGUGAGGUUUUACAUUCAGAGAGUAAACUCUGUAUUGUUGAAUUCCUCAGGAAGCAUUAAAAUUUUUUUUUUUUUUUUUUUUUUUUACAAAAUUCUGCUAAACAUAUGUCUGAAAGUAUUUGUAAAAUCUGGCUGCUUGACUCCUCCCACUGUGGUUUAUUCUCAAGAUGCCAUAUUUGUGAAACCCAAAGUGAUGUUGACGCUCGUAACAAAAGAGGAAUGUUGAGUCGUUGUUGGCUGUGAUUGGUUACUCUAGCGUCACGGUCAGUUCCAGAGACGAAACAAACACCCACACUGAUCAGCUAUUGGAAACAAAGGGAGGAUGGGAGGAUGAUGACUGCAGGGCCAUAAAUUUAGUAAAAUGCACAACAACUUUCAAUCAGAGCAAUUUU